AAAUAAACAUUUCCCUACCCCCCAGAUAUAAUUCAAUAUAUAAAUCAGUUUUUUUUUAUUCGUUUUUUCCAAUUUGUUUUAAAUAACAGAUAUAAUAAUUAAAAAAUGAUUUCAAUGGCACCAACCCCUCUUUAUCUUCCAGCAGAGGAAGCUAAUAGAGUUAUUCGUUCACCAAUCUUCCAAAGAAGAGAUACAAAAUAUAAUAAAGAUAAUUCAAAGGAACAACCAAAAGAAAAGUCAGAACAACAAGAUGCAGAACAAAAACCAAAGUCAAAUAAAUCUUUAAAACGUUCUGGUAGCACAUGGCUUUCAAGUCAAAUAGACAAGCGUCAAAUUGAAUUAAUGGAAUUGUCAGGUAAACGUUUAUCAGGAAGUACCCCAAAAAAGUGUCAGGAUGGAGUAGGAGGUGGUGUUUACUUUAUUCAAGGUGAAAAAGAUACCCAUCCAACUUCAGUAUUCAAACCAAUUGAUGAAGAAAAUGGUCUUAUUGGCCCAAACCAUUCUAUUGUUGGAAUGAAAGCUGGUACUCUUCCAGGAGAAGGUGUUUUUAAAGAGGUUGCUGUGUAUUUAUUUGAUCAAAUGAACAAUGGAUUUUUUGGUGUACCAGUUACUACACUAGUCGAAGUUCAACAUCCAAUUUGGAACAACAAAAAUGGUGCCUCUUCAUCAGAAAGCAUAGACGAAAUUGUUGAUGAAUGUAGCAAAGAAUCAUUAAUGGUAAAAAAAAUUGGAUCACUUCAAGAAUACAUUGUAUAUGAAGAUACUGCUGAUGAAGUUGGCUGUUCAAAAUUUUCAGUUCAAGAUAUUCAUCGUAUUGGUUUAUUAGAUAGUCUUGUAUUAAAUUGCGAUCGUCAUAGUGGAAACCUCUUAGUAGUUGCAAAAGAAGAUGGUGCAGGCCCAUUAGAAUUAGUACCAAUUGACCAUAGUCUUUGUUUACCAUCAAGUGACCAAUUGUCUGAUGCUUGGUUUGAUUGGAUUAAUUUCCCACAAUCUAAAAUUCCAUUUAGCAAUGAAGCUAAGCAAAUGAUCCAAUCAAUUGACAUUGAUCAAGUUAUAAACUCCUUACAUGCCAAGCUUCCAAAACUAAGAACUGAAUGUUUAGAAACUCUCAAAUUAACAACCCUCUUUGUAAAGAAAGCCGUCGAGUCUGGUUUAAAUUUAAAUCAAAUUGGUACCCUUAUUUCCAGAUAUCAAAGUCUUGAUGAACCAUCACCAUUCGAACAAUUAGUUGCAAAUACACAAAAAAAAUCACCACAAAAAAAAUUAAAAAAAAUAAAAAAAUAUCAUAAAAAAAAUAAAAAUAA